AUAAAAGAGUUCAGUGAGGAUCAUCUUACAGUCACUAGUGGAUGGGCAGCUUUGUUCAUUUCAGAAUUAUCAGAAAAAUUAAAAGAAGACGAAAUAAGAAGUAAGAAAUUUCAAUGGCCACGAUCAACUGGCACUGGCAACUUCUAUCGACGACGUGUUUUACCGGCAACUUCCGACGUUCCAAGUGAGAUAAAUACCAACAUCUAUCCAGUGGUAUUACUUCAAUCAGUGGACGAUGCUUUACCCGGAACAAUUCGGACUUUGAGCGAAUCUAAAGAAUAUCAAGGUAAAAAGACACUAAUUACUAGUGAUGAGUCUAACACAUUGAAGCGUCAGAAAAUUUCUAAUGCGCAUGUCAACGAUGGAAAUUCAGAUGACAUUAGUGAUGCAAAGCUCCUAGACAGUUAUCUCAAAUAUUUAUAA